AUGUCUCACCAUAAUAAUUAUGCAUUGGCUCAUACGUUGAACCAGAUGAAACCCCAACAGUUGAGUAACAAUGUGUUCUUCGGACCCUUGAACACUUUAUCACAGUAUGACUUCUUGAGUAAGAAUGAUAUCAAGUUUUUCAUCAGUGUUGGUAUUCCUGUUGAACGUGCAAUGGAGUAUGCCAGGAACAUACAGUUGGACCAAUUUAUGAUAUGCUGUCUCGAUAAAGAAUUUGACCGUACCAGAUUCAGUGAUGAUACCAUGAGUAACAUCCUGGAAUUCAAUAAUAAGCAUUCUGUGGACUUGAAAACGCUUAUACAACACGUUUCUCUAUCAGAAGAAUGCGCUGCCCAACCUCUACAAUCGCAUUUGUACAGGUCUGUUUCGGAGUACACCACCAAUAUUUAUACUGCUGAUGGUGUGCACAAGUUUGAAUGUUUCAAUGAUUUGAUUACCUUGUUCAAGCUUGCAAAGAUGGGGAACAUUCUUGUCUUCUCUUCGAAUGGGAAUGAUGAGAAUUUGGUGAUUCUUUUGAUCAGUCAUAUGCUCAAACAGAACCCAUCUAUCAAUGUUGUGGAUGCUUUUAGUUACGUUAAAAACUUGAGACCUACCGUUAACAAUAUGAAAGAGGAUAACAUUUACUGGUGUAGCGGUCUCGUGGCUUACCAUGAGCGUGUUAAAUCCAAAGAACUGACGUGGAGGCCGGGGUCAACCAACGGCUCUUCGACUGAAAUAACAAACUUUGCGACAAAAAGACGCGAGCAGUUUGAGGAGGAUGAGGCAGAAGAUGGAGAUAUAUCUUUCGGAAAUAAACCAUAUUCAGAUGCUGCUAAUGAUGCAAUGGAAUCUAUAGCAUCAACUCCAUUUUCUGAGAGCGACUGCAGUUAUUCUUCUGAUUUCCAAACUCCUGAGCCUGAUAACAGUUCUGCAUACAACGCAAGGCAAUACGCAACUCCACGACUAAAAAGAAUGGCGUUAAAUAAAUAA